ACUAACCUCGCACAAAAACUUUUCUUGCUAUUACUUCCCCCAACACCAUCAUUCUCACCGCCUCCACCACCACUCCUCCUCCUCCUCCUCCUCCUCCUCUCUGUCAAAGAUGUCAUCCUCCACCGACGUAGGCCCAAUCGUCCGCUUCCCCUCCUCCGCCUCCUCCUCCGAUGGCUCCCCUCUCCAACUCCGACGCCGCGACAGCCUCUCCUCUCCACCACUCCCCACCCUAUGCCUCAUGUCCUCCGGCUCCUCUUUCCUCCGCUCCCUCUUCCCCUCCCUACGCGCCGCCUAUUCCUGGCUCCGCAUCCCCACCCUCCCGCUCACCACAACCCCCCGCAACUCCUCCCCCAGCCGCCGCCUCACCAUCACCUUCUUCGGCCACCGCAAAGGCCGCAUCAGCUUCGCCGUACAAGAAAACCCUCGCUCCCACCCCCUCCUUCUUCUCGAGCUCGCUACUCCCACCUCCCAUCUCGUCAAAGAAAUGGCUUCCGGCAUGGUUCGUAUUCUCCUUGAGUCCGAACAGGGGAAGCUCAAAAGAACCUUAUGGGAAGAACCAGUCUGGAGCAUGUUCUGUAACGGCCAAAGGUGCGGCUACGCGGUGGCAAGGGAAUGCACGGCCGCGGAUUUAAAGCUGCUGAGUGCGGUGAGCGCAGUUUCCGUUGGUGCCGGAGUCAUGCACGUGGCGGCCGUGGCUCUCCCAUCCACUGAAGAUGUGAAAGAGCCGGCGGCGACUCCGACGGAGGGUGCUUGUUUAAGCCGCAGUGGAAGUAAAGUAGGAGGAGUCGGAGACGGUGAGAUUAUGUAUAUGCGGGCGAGGUUUGAGAGAGUCGUGGGGAGUAAGGAUUCAGAAGCUUUGUACAUGAUGAAUCCGGAUGCUUCAGGGAAAGGAGAUCAAGGGACGGGAUCUGCAGGGAAGAAUAGUUCUAAUGGCGCCCCUGAGCUCAGCAUAUUUCUAUUGAGGGUUUAGGUUUGGAUGAAUGGAAGAGAUGAAUUACAAACGAGCAGAUGAAGAAAUUAAGGCAUACAGUUUUAUUAUUGUUUCUUAAAAUAAAUUUUUAGUAUAAAAAUUAAUUUUUUUUUACUAAAAAGUUAUUUUAAGAAGCAA